CGCCGCUCUCCACCUCCCCGAAGUAAAACAAGUGUGGACAGUGGACACAGAGAGUGCACCCACCAGCUGGUUCCCCCCGGAUACAGAGACACCGCUUCCUGGUUCCGGGCCCGGCUGACAUGUGACUGUCACGCAUGAUUCCUCCCUGAGCAGUGCUUUUUACUGCAUGAAGAAAUGGACCAUAAAUGUUGUCCAAAGGAUCAACCAGAGAUGACUGAAGAGAUGAAAAGUUGGAUGGACAAGGCUUUUCAAAUGGCCCAGGUUGCCUUGGAUAAUGGCGAAGUCCCUGUUGGAUGCCUCAUGGUUCAUGACAAACAGAUUGUGGGACAAGGGAGAAAUGAAGUAAAUGAAACAAAGAAUGCUACACGCCAUGCAGAAAUGGUGGCUAUUGACCAGGUAUUGGAUUGGUGCAGGAAGAAUGGGAAGAACUCAGCGCAGGUGUUUGAAAACACAAUUCUGUAUGUAACAGUGGAACCAUGCAUCAUGUGUGCAGGGGCUCUGCGUCUUCUCCAAAUCCCUUUGGUAGUAUACGGAUGCAACAACGAGCGGUUUGGCGGGUGUGGAUCAGUUUUGGAUAUAGCUGGCAAUAAUAUUCCAAAUACAGGAGCACAGUUCAAGCAGUGCAUAGAUGGAUACAAAGCUAACAAAGCUGUGGAGAUGCUUAAAAACUUCUACAGGCAAGAAAAUCCUAAUGCUCCAAGGUCAAAAGUUCGCAAAAAAGAAUAAACCACGAAAACUGUUUCAUAUGGUCAGUGUGAAGAAAAGGAACCCCUAUAUUUACAACAUAAAACUUUGGUAUAUGCUAAUCCAGACAAAGUUUCUCCACAUUUUGCUGUCCGAUACAUUUAAGUCUUUUGUAAAUUAGGGAGAAAAAAAUGUGUAACAUGAUGAUAAAAUCCUUACUUAAAGUAUCUUUUGUUCUGACCAACUGUUAAAACAUUGUUACUAUGUGUAAUAUGUAGGUUUUCUAUUUUGUAUUUACAUUCAUAUAACUGAAAUACACUGUAAUCAGAAAGCAACAUCACUAGUAUUACUUAAAUGACCAGAAGGGGUCACCACAGCUACAUACACAUAAUUUGGAUCCUUAAAACUGAAAUACAUAAAGCAUAUCAUCUACCAUAAAUAUUUCACAACUCCAUCAGUUGUAGUACUUAUUUGCUGCAGACCUGCAGUUGUAUCUUUUACGCAAGCACAUUCUUUUUUUUUUUUUUUUGCUUUAACUAAAACUACUUGUUUGUAUGGAGUUUUGUGUAUAUAUUUCAUGGAAGUUGUGGUUUGACUUUUUUUCUGCAUUGUAACUUUUUUUUAAAAAUGUAUAAAACAUAAUGCUUAUUUUUGUGUGUGUGUGUGUAUAUAUAUAUAUAUAUAUAUAUAUAUAUAUACACACACACACACACACGUUUUCAAAGAUGUAGUUUAUGAUGAUGUAUAAUAAAGCCAUAAAAUCUUUGAAA